CGACUUGGCAGUCCCCAAAAUGUGGAACAUGAAACAGCAUUGAAUAUCAGGUCUAUAUUAUAUCUCGUCUGCGUUUUUACUUCUUACAUAUCUACGGCGUCUUCGUAAGUUAAUUACGAAUAUUGACAUUUCGAAGCCAAUAUUCUUGACUAUUCAGACUUAAAUAAUAAAGUUUUAUUUAUAAUCACUUCGUGUUGCUUGUAUAAUAAAUAUAAGAUUGAGAUGUAAUGUUAGAGUUUCUCCAAUAUCACAAUACUCAAGUGAAAUAUCAGCAAAAUAAAUAGUGUAAAUUGUUUUCACAACGAUAUAAUUAAACAUGUCAACUUUGGAAGAUAAGAUCUUAGGCGAAAAGUUGCACUAUUAUUGUAGUAGCUCCAGCGAAGACGAAGAAAAUGAUUCUGCAGACUCCGACAAAGAGACAGAAGAUGAAAAAUAUUCACAAAUCAUUACGGAUUCCAUAGAACCAUCGUUUUCAGAAUGGGAUGGCACUUCCAGCAAUACAGGUCCCAAGGGUGUCAUAAAAGAUUGGCAACGAUAUAAACAACUGCAAGCAGAAAAAAAAGAUGAACAAGAAAAAGAAAGACUUCAAUUAAUAAAGAAACUGAGUCUAACAUGUCGUAGCUCUUUAGAUGAAGAAAAAGAGAAAAUUAUGCAAACUGAUCCUGAUCUCGCUGAAUUAUUAACCGAUGAAUUUCUUCUACAAUAUCAGAAACAAAGGAUGAAAGAGAUGCUUGCAAGAACUGAGAAACUUUGUUUUCGUAGAGUAAUUAAUUUGGAAACAGCUGAUCAAUUUUUAGAAGCAAUUGACAAUGAAGACAAAUCAGUGACAAUUGUUGUUCAUAUUUAUGAACCUAAUGUUCCUGGUUGUGAGGCUAUGAAUGGUUGUUUAAUAUCCGUUGCAGAGAACUAUCCCUUUGUGAAAUUCUGUAAAAUUUUAGGUUCAGUAGCUGGACUCAGUAAACAUUUUAAGAAAGAAGGAGUUCCAGCUUUGUUAGUUUAUAAAGCUGCUCAAGUAAUAGGAAAUUUUGUUCAUGUAACAGAUUAUUUAGGAGUAGAUUUUUAUGCCUCUGAUGUUGAAGCCUUUUUAAUUGAACAUGGGAUGCUUACUGAUAAAAAUUGUGUACCUCUUAUCACUUCACAUGAUGAACAUACCUUAUCAGACAGUGAAUAAAUGAAACAAAUUUUUUCAUAAUUCUGGAUAUGUUCUUCCUAAUAUAAUUUAAUAAAUUUAGCAGUUCUUAUCUAUUUGCUCCUAGGUAACACAACUUAAAGAGUUAUAAUAAAUAUUACUUAAAUGUAAUAGAAAUGAAAAUGUCUGAAAAUAAUACCUUUUAUGGGUAGAAAUAAAUUUAUAUAUAUAUUAUGUGAUAUCAGAAAGUACACAUAAACAGUAUAUAUAUUUAUAUUCAUUUUUAUACAAGAUAUAAAUUUAUAUAGAAAUACAUUCAAAAUUGAUUUUCUUUUGGACAAAUAACUUAAAGUUUUUCUAAUAUUUGUUUUUUUUUUUCGAUAGCUUUGCAAAAAUGUAGAUAAGUUUUUAAGAUUUCAUUAUAUUCUGUGUUUUGUAACUUCUCAUAUUGUUUUUUCAAGUUUUCCUUCUCUUUAAUUUCACUCAGUAUUGCAAAUAAUUUCUUAUCUAUGGCUACAUUUAAUGUUCUAAAUGCAUCAAUCGUUAUUGGAGUCUCCUUAUACAUUUUUAUAAUACAUGACAACUUUGUAAUCUUUGCUUGCACUUCUGCAACUUGCGCUUGCAAUAAUAUGUGUUCUGCUUUUUCCAAAUAAAGUUUACUUACAUCUUUGUA